ACAUUUCAAAUUGACUCCCUUGACAAAACAGAGCAGUUGACUUCGACGCGUUCUUCACGAAACAACAUUGAGAAAAAUAAUUCGGAAAGUGGUUGUCGCGCGACGUGCUACGCGCUUUGCUUUUUGUUUGUGUGACUAGAAAAAAAGAAGAAUAUGUAUGCAAAAUUGAAAUUGUGAAAAUAUAUGAGAAAAAAUAUUUACAAUUAUUUGUGUUUACAUUGUGGCAAUUGUUUGUGUUCUGUUUUCGUAAAUGAAAUAUGAUUUUGCGUUUCUAAAUUUUUGCAAUUUGUGUUUUUUUCACACUAUGCCCCCCAUUCAUAAUUUGUGUACUAUAUACCUAUGCCUUAAAAAAAUAUGAAUAAAUAUUGUAUAUUUUUGGUGUUGUUGUUCUUUUGAGUGUGUCGUGAAAGAAUGAAUCUUGUGAGAUAAGCAGAGCAUCUUUGAAAACUCAAUGAAUUGUUGUUAAAAUAAUACAAAAUAUAUAAACACCGCAUGAAGGGAGUGCAAAAAAAAAUUUAAAUGUGAUAUGUUGUGCAAAUAACACAAAAUAAUUGAUGUGUCUAAAAUUGGCAAGCUAUUGUUGUGUAUGCCUGGUUUAUUCAAUUAUUCCGAAUUGUAUUGUGUGUAGGUGGAACAUCAUAAACAAAUGAAAAUGUUUGCUUGCGUGUUCAAUUAAAUAAAGUCUUGCAAUUGUUACAAAAAUUAAAGUGUUCUUUCCUUAAAAAAGUACAAAAGAAUUUGGUUGAGCUUACUGUGUGUAUAACAGUGUGCAAGUGUGUGUGUAUGAUAUGGUCAAAAGCCGCUAAGGAAUAAGAAUGAAAAGGAAGUUAAAUAAACAUAAACCUAAAGUCCUAUCCAAUCGUUGAAAAGGCAGAUGCAAAAACCUGCCACAUACCAACCGUACAGUAAUUGAAAGCAAGAAGAAGAGGAAGACAUUCAAACAACAACAAGGAUUACUCAUCACGUCAUAACAACGACAACAACAAGAACUAUCAACACGGUAUGUUGUGGCAUUAACGCGUUUUUUCGGUUUGUGGCUCUUCCUCCUCUCUUGUUCUCUAAUUCAACUAAGCCCCAACAACUCCAAUCAAGCCAUAACAAUAAUGCAAUAACAGCGGCAAAAACAACUUUUCGCAACAACAAUAACAAAAACAGCUGCCCAUACAAUGAGAACAACAACACAACAAAUUCUAUACAAUAACAACAAACCAGUUGGGGCAUCUCUGUUUUGAAUUUGAUGUUUGUUACUCCCCAUCCCUCUCAGUUUAUUUUACUCUAUUAGAAUUUGUUUCCCCAAAGUUUCGUACUCUCUAUCUCUCUCUCUCCUAAAUUUAAUUCAUUGUUUUUCAUUCUCUAUGUUCUCACUACGUCAUGCAUACUUAAAUCUUGUUUCAUGUUUGCAAAAUGUGUCGGGAAAAAUCUAAAAAUAGUUCAAAUAAAUGCUAAAAAUCCAUAAAAUUUUGUGAAUAACUAACAACAGCAAAUAAAAAGGUGAAGUGUUAUAAAAAUAAACCAGAAAAAAAGAAGAAGAGCGUCUGCGCGCCUCUUUGCCACAGGAAAAAAGGAGCAUUGCGGUGCGUCGCCCCUUGAACAAUGACAGAACGUAAAUUCACCCGUGCUUUAAAUAAGCCGGGUAUGGCAGCCCAGUUGCGUGAGACCGUGUCACAGGUGGUGCGGGAAAAUGCAGUGUUGAACAAACCACUGGUGGUGGAACCCAUUGACUUUGAAGGUUUCAUAGCGAAAAACAAAACACUAAUACAAAAUGAUUCCCAUCGAGAGCUGCUUAUGUAUCCAAAUGAUGAUGUUGCGGAAAUCAUCUUACCUCGAAAACUGCGCACAAAUACUAAAUCCAUAACGGACAUUUUCGAAGCUCCGAAUGUGGCCAUUGUUUGUCCCUUACAUGGCGGUGGUACAGCAGCAAACGGUACAAACGGCACCCACAAUGUGUCACGUCAAAAUAGCAGUGCCUCCAGUAGUCCACGCAUGACACAACGUCAAAUUAGCAAUCAAUCGACCACGUCGUCUUCCAACGGCUCUACCCUCAAUGGACAAAUUUCACGCAAAUCAUCACAAAACUCAUCACAUUUAGAUGCGAUAAAAUCACCCACAUCAUCACAUGAAUCCUACGAAUCGGCAUUGUCUUCGCAGGCAACGCCAACACCCACAGUGGCCAAUCGAUCGAUAUCUUCCUCGAGUUCAACAUUGAAAUCUAGUAAUUUAGCCCAACCCGAAGAUGAUGAUGAUCUAGAGGAUGCGGAUGAUAAUACCUUGAAUAAUGGCAAUGCGGCAUCGAUGGCACCCAAAUCGGAAUGUUCCCGGUUUACAAGGCAGGCCUUAUACACAUACCGGGCAAAAAAUCACAUUAUCCAUUAUAAAUAUAGUGCUUACGGCGGGACGUGUCAUGAUUUACCCAAAUUAACUCCCUCGGAAAUCCUUAGAGAAGAAGUAUACGAAAUAGAUGCCGAUCAGGAUCGCAUUGAUGAACAAAUGUCGCGAUCCCAAGCGGAUUCUAUAACUAAACAGGGUUAUUUAUUGAAGGGGCCUGAUUCCGGUUCAGAUCGCAUGUUUGCCAACAUUGGAAAUAAAUCAUUUAAGCGAAGGUACUGCUACUUGAGACAAGAAGUCGACGGUACAUACAUUUUAGAAUUGCACAAAGAUGAAAAACAAUGUGAGGCCAAAGCCACCAUAGUCAUGGACUUCUGUACCGAAGUGGUGCAGAAUCCCAAAAGAGGUCGCUUUUGUUUCGAGCUGCGCAUGACAGCCGGUCAUAAGUCCUUUACACUGGCUGCUGAGAAUGAAGAAGAUCUAAAAGAUUGGCUUAGCAAACUCUCCUCAGUAUUGCAGCAGAAUAAAAUUCAAGAAGAUAAACGUAAUGCCUCAUUGGAGAGGACAACACCCCAGGCGCCACAACCAACAUCCAGCAAUUGUAGUACCACGAGUAGUAAUAAUUCCGUAAUGUUUGGUACCCUAAAGGGAUUGGAUCAAUCGAUGAAUCCACAAUUAAUCAAAUACGGCCGUGAAACAGAUAUAUCCAUUGCCCAGGCAAGGCGGGAACAUCGUCGCCGUUUAUUUGCCAACUAUCAGUCAAGUGUUAAGGCAAGCCCCAACGAUAAUGUUGAGCAAUAUCGUGAACAAUUUGGCAAACGUCUUCUAAUCAAUUGUCGUAGUUUAAAAUUUCGCCUACAAUGUCCAACGGAUAGUCAGUUUUCGGCAGAUGGCGAUCAUUUGUGCCAAGUGGAACCCUAUAUAACUAGUCUGGCCCUCUUUGAUGUACGCGCAGGACGCAAACUAACCGAAUCCUUUUAUUUUAAUAUCAACGAUGAGCAUGUCCGUGAUAUGUUACCCUCCACGCCAGUUCCCGACUCGGUGGCCAAUUCGAAUAUACCACGCAAAGAGGUGCAGCACGAUGAACGCACAAGGCAAACAUCCCAGGCAUUUUCAACGUUGAUAGAAAAUCUUUCUGGGGAUUUGCAAAAAUGCACAAAAGAACAAUUUGCCCAAUUGCGACAGGGUAUAUUCUCGGUGACUGCCCCACACACGGAUAUAUUUUUAGUAUUGAAAAUCGAGAAAAUAUUACAAGGUAAUAUUGUCCAGGCUGUGGAACCUUAUCUCAAGGCAAAUCGUGAUCCAAAGUUUGCCCAGAAGUUACAUAAAACCAUACGUAACUAUGCCCAAAAUAUUGGCCAUUACAGGCAGCCAUUUGCCUGGGCGGCAAAGCCUCUCUUCAAGCCCUACAGCCACGAAUUGGACACAGAGAAAAAUGAAUUUGAAUUUAAUAUUUUAUAUCGUCAGGAGUUGAAUAAAUUGAAAGAUGAAGAGUUAUUGAAAUUCCUGGUGGACUAUCGUAAACCGGAGAAGUUAAGCAAGCUAACCAUUAUACCAGGUCACUUGAAACUAACCAUAGAGGAGGUGGAAAAAGUUCCAUUUUCCUUUACAAAAUCCCUAGUUCCUUUGGCCCAUAACAACACAUCAAUGUCUUCCAAAGUGGCCAGUUUGGAAAUAACCGAAUUCCAAAGUUCUUGUGAACGGGACUGUCAUCCAUAUACAACAUUUUGUAAUCAUUUAUUUGUGUAUCCACUGUCUUUGCAAUUCGAUAGUCAGAAAAUAUUUUCACGGGCCCGCAACAUCACCGUUGUGGUUGAGUUACGAGAUUCGGACAAAGAAAAUGCCAAACCAUUAAAGUGUAUCUAUGGUCGUCCUGGCCACGAUUUCCUAGUUUCCCACAUAGCCUGUCCUGUGUUGCAUCACAACACCACACCCACAUGGUAUGAGGAGCUGAAACUACGUUUGCCAUUAGGCAUUUUCCCCGAACAUCAUUUGUUAUUUUCAUUCUAUCAUGUUUCGUGUAAUUUGGGCAAGAAACGCGAUGCCUCAGCAUCGUUCGAAACACCCAUUGGCUAUGCUUGGCUGCCGUUGCUGCAAAAAGGCAAAAUCAAUUUGGAUGAACAAAUAAUACCGGUAGCAGCCUCAUUGCCUGUUGGCUAUUUGAGCAUACAGCCGUUGGGUCUGGGCAAAGGGCAGAAUUGCGGUCCCGAGGUGCAAUGGAUCGACAAUCAAAGGCCAUUAUUCGCAGUAGCCCUACGCAUGGACUCCACGGUCCAUACGGCCGAUCAACAUCUGCAUAAUUUCUUUGUCCACUGUGAGCGGCUGCUGGAAGGUGGUAAAACGACAGCUAUGCCUGCCGAAACCGAAACCUGUAAAAUUCUUAAAGCUGCCCAUGCCAUUGACAUAACAACGCUCAUCAAUUAUUUGCCCACGCUGCUAAAUGAGCUCUUCACACUGUUGGUGCACACGCAAUCCGAGGAGGUGGGCCUAAACAUCAUCCGUUUGCUGAUCAAUAUCAUACACAUUAUCACCGAGGAUGCUGGACGCAAGGAAUUGCUAAGUUCCUAUGUCACAUAUGUCUUCCAUGCUCCCUACUAUUCGCAGAAAAUCACACGCACUGUCCAUGGAGAGCUGUGCCGACACUUGCCAACUAUUUUACAUCCCAACAAUACGGACUUUUUGGUGGUCCAUAAAUUUAUGCGAUUUUCGAAUAUAUUUUUCGAUUUGAUAAUUAAGAGUAUGGCCCAGCAUUUGCUUGACACCGGAAGGAUUCGAAUGCUGCGCAAUGAACGAUUUCCGAAGGAGUUUCCCACACGGGUGGAGACUUUGGUUAAGGUGUUGAUACCCUAUUUGGUAUCGCGCUACAAGGAUUUGCCGGUGGAGACCCAGUAUUUAAAUAAAUCCCUAUCGCAAUUCAUAAGAAAAUGCCUAACGUUUAUGGAUAGAGGAUUUGUAUUCAAAUUGAUACGCUAUUAUAUGGAACAAUUCUCGCCGGGUGAUCCCCGGGUGCUGCAGGAAUUCAAAUUCAAUUUCCUGCAGGAGAUAUGCCAACACGAACACUAUGUGCCAUUUAAUUUGCCUUUUGUUAUGAAUCCGAAAAAUCGGCCACCCGAAAUGAUGCAACAUUUCAAUUUGACGGAGGAAUUUUGUCGGCAGCACUUUUUGUCUGGUUUGCUGCUGCAGGAGUUGAAGAGUAGUCUCAAUGAAAUUGGCCAUGUUCGGCGACAUGCCUUGAAGGUAUUGAAAAAUCUACUGGCCAAACAUGAGCUGGAUGAUCGCUAUCAAAAUCGUGGCCAAUUGUCGCGUAUUGCACUGCUCUAUGUGCCUUGGCUGGGUAUUGUCAUGGAUAAUAUACAACGCAUUAAUGACCUGGCUGAGGUCUGCACACCCAAUGGGCAUGUCUAUGCAGAUUCUGCGUCGUACACCCAACGUCUGUCCUGUUCCAGCAGCUAUGUCUUUGGCAAAGAUUCCACUUUGAAUUCCAGUACCUCAACGCCUAGGGGUAAAAAUCGGGCCACACUACACAUCGAUCAUCCCAGUCCUUUGCGAGCCUCGGUGCACAUCAAGGAGACCAACUAUUUUGCGGCCAUUGCCACGGGUAAUAUUAUCAGCAAUGGAUGUUCUGAUUCCUCACUGAAUUCCCUUAACUCGGAUUCACAAAAUUCCCAGGACACCACCUUGGGUGCCACCACAAAUGGUAAUCACACCACAGCGACCGGGGAUUGCAAUGAAGUGGCCCUUCGAAAUGGCCAUAAUCGUUCCAUCAGCGUCUCCCACACCCUGGUCCAGCAAAGAUUCGAUAAAUUUUCACAAUCUGAGAGUCGAGAUUUUUUGCUGGGUUUCCUGUUUGUCAUCAAAUAUUUGUCGCAGGAACAAAUGAUUGGCUGGUGGCAGAAUUGCAAUGAGACCGAAACGCUUAACUUCUUCAGCAUCUUGGAGUUGUGUCUCUUGCAAUUCCGCUAUGUUGGCAAAAAGAAUCUCAACAUGAAUGAGGACUCGAAGGAUGCCCGUGCAUUGAGGGCAGCCAAGGCCAGUACUUUGCCAGCUAGAUGCUCACCAGCCAAUUUGGAGAGCAAUGGCUCCGGCCAACCGGGCAUUCAUGAAACCGGCACAUUAAAUCACCCUCAGACACGUGAAAAUCUGCUGGACGAAACGGCGAGAAAUCAGAGGGCUCUAUACGAAUCGAAUUUGGCAACGGAGAUUGGCAUGAUAAUACUCGAUUGUCUGGGUUUGUUUUCGGUACAAUUCCGCCACAAGCUGAUAGACAGUUUAAUACUGCCCAAAUUGGCCCGGGUCUAUUUGAAAUUCCUGCAAUUGGGUCAAUCUGAGUCGUUGUCAAAGCAUGUCUUUGCCGCCCUGAGGGCUUUCAUCAACAACUUUUCACCGGCCUUUUUCAAGGGCAAUGCCAUUCUGUGCGGCCAAAUGGUCUAUGAACUGCUAAAGGCCUGUGACAGCCGUCUGGUGCAGAUACGCCAUGAAUCCUGUGCCGUUUUGUAUUUGCUGAUGCGUAGCAACUUCGAAUUCAGCGGCCGUAAGGGCCUGACAAGGGUGCAUCUGCAAGUCAUCAUUUCCGUUUCACAAAUGAUAGGCAAUGUCAUUGGCCUCAACAAUGCCCGCUUCCAGGAAAGUCUCUCCAUAAUCAAUAGCUAUGCCAACAGUGAUAAGGCCAUGAAAGGCACCGGCUUCCCCAUGGAAGUUAAGGAUCUUACAAGGCGUGUUCGGACAGUAUUAAUGGCCACGGCUCAAAUGCAGGCCCAUCACAUGGAUCCGGAAAGAUUACUGGAACUACAAUAUUCCUUGGCAAAUUCCUAUGCCUCAACGCCUGAGUUACGACACACAUGGUUGGUCACCAUGGCCCGCAAUCAUGAGCAAAACGGCAACCUGUCGGAGGCGGCCUGUUGUCAUCUACACAUAGCAGCCCUAAUGUCGGAAUAUCUGCGACUUAAAGGUAGCUGUAACAUUAAAUGGGGUUCCUCGGCAUUUGCCAAAAUUUCACGUAACAUUCAUCGGGAUGAGCAGGGUCUUAAGCUGGAUGCCGGAUCACAAGAUUCUCAGUACACCGAGCAAAUGCUUUUGGAACAACUCAAGCAGUGUGCCCUGUUUUUGGACACAGCGGAAAGGUAUGAAUGUUUGGGUGAACUAUAUAAGCUCAUAAUGCCCAUCUAUGAGAGGACACGAAACUACAAUGAUCUGCAGGAAUCGCAUGAACAUUUGGCCAAGGCAUAUGCCAAGAUAAUUGAAGUUAAUCGUUCCGGCAAACGUAUGCUGGGCAGAUUUUACCGAGUGGUAUUUUAUGGCAUGAUGUACUUCGAAGAGGAUCAUGCUGUCGAGUAUGUCUAUAAGGAACCUAAACUUACCUCAUUGAGUGAAAUUUCCGAGCGUCUGGCUAAACAGUAUAAGGAGAAAUUUGGUGCUGAUGUGGUGAAAAUGAUAAUGGAUUCAUCGCCGGUCGUUGUCAACGAUUUGGAUCCCAAGCUGGCUUACAUUCAAGUGACCCAUGUGAUACCCUUCUUUACAAAAGAUGAACUCGAUCAAAGACUGAAUGAAUUCGAACAGAAUCAUGAUGUGGAUACAUUUAUGUAUGAGACACCAUUUACAAAGUCGGGUGCGGCCCGCGGUUCGGUGGAAGAGCAAUGGAAGCGUAAAACUAUUAUUAAAACUACCUACUCGUUUCCUUACGUUUUGAAACGUAUACCGGUGAAAUCAAGAGAAAUUAUUGAACUGAGUCCCAUUGAGGUGGCCAUUGAUGAAAUGCAAACCAAGGUUUCAGAACUGGGUGAGACCAUAUUACCGCCGGCUGAUGUAAAGAAAUUGCAACUGCGGCUUCAAGGUAGUGUGGCGGUACAAGUUAAUGCCGGUCCCCUGGCAUAUGCUCAGGCAUUUUUGGAUCCCAAAGUCAUUAAUAAUUUUUCCGUGGAUCGUGUUGAAGAUUUGAAAGAUGUUUUCAGGGACUUCAUUGGUGUCUGCCACACCGCACUGCAGCUGAAUGCCCGCAUGAUAAGCAGCGAUCAAAAGGAAUAUCACAAUGCCCUGAAGGAGAAUUAUCAGAAAAUGUGUCAAGAAUUGGGUGAACUAUUGGAUGAGUCAUUCCAGCCGCUGGAGGAUAGCGCAAAUAAUACACAACGCAAUAGCAUGGCAUUGUUUAAUGCCAUUAGCGGAACUUCGAACAAUUCAAGUACUGCCUAAACCAAUUAUGUUUUCUCUCUUUCGUUUUUGUGUAGUAGUACUUUAAGCUAGAAGAAAACAGGAAAAAAAUAUCCAUCAAGGAAACAAACUAAAGAAUUUUUUCAGAAAUAUGUAGUUUAGUUUAUAAUAAUUAUUAGUCUAUGUCAAUGUAAUGGGAGACGAGGUGUCGAGUGAAUGUUUGGUGGAAUGGAUGAUUGAAUGAAUGCAUGCGUGUGUGUCUGUGUCUUGAUAUCAAAAUAUGUGUUACUAACUUAAAAAAAAAAUAUGAAGAUAAAAAACAACAUUCAAAACGACUCAAAAUAAUAUCUACUAAACCGAAAUACUCCAUAGAUGUAUUCUCUAGAAAUGUAAACGUAUAUACAUAUAUUUUUCUCACAUUUAUAUAUUUUCGUAAUUAACCCACUUUUUUGUACUCCUAACUCCUGCUGUUGUGUCUGAAGGGUUUUUUUUUUCAAAUAACUUUUUAAAAACAUAAUUUAUUUCUCAUGAAAUCUACUCAACUGCACCACUGUACGAAAAUGGUUUUCCAUUUAGAGAAAAUCUGUAUUAGGCCUUGGGUCUGUAGGAGGCGCGAUAAAGGGCUUGUUUCUGUAUGACGAUACGAAUAUUUAUACGAAAGAAGAAUGCAAUUCCAAAUAAGUCCUUCAUAAUUCUCUCUGAUAUUUAACUUCAACACCUUCCACCUAGUCCAUAGACUUUCUGACGAUAAAAAUAUUUAUAUGGACCAUUAGAUCGCCUACCAAACUUCUUAAGAUUUGGUAUAGUCGCCAUAUAACGGUUUCUCACGAUAUUCGGUAUUUUAAUGACUUUCGCCAAGGUUUUUGUCAAGGAUUUGUCUAAAAAUUGGUAUUUGUAAGUCAUAAUGAGCUCUAGCUUCGGUGGCGAAACUUUGUAUGCAUAGGUUUCCCCGUUUCCGUUUUGGUAUGGCCCCCAUAUAACGGGCUCACACACUUUAUAUAUAUGUUUUAAGUUUAACAGCAUUAUCCAAAGGGUCUUACUGUUAUUUGUUGUUUAAAAUAGAACACGUUUGAAUUCCGCAUCCUUAAUAUAAAAAUGUUUUCUCUACCCAAUGGUGGUGGGCCCGGGCGAACCUAUAUUUUUUACUUGAUUUCAUUCGCCCCCAUUCAAUAUUUAUGAAAUACUUCUAAUUCCCUUUCCAUUAAUCGAAAAUUUGUAGAAAAUCUUCAAUAUUAAGAACUGCUAUUUAUAGAAGACCGAUCGCAUCUAAAAGGAAGCUAUGGAAGAAAAAAUGCAACAUUUUAAAAGGACAUAGUUUACAGAUUUUCAGUACAGAAGAUACCUCAUGUUUAUGGUCUCUUUCAGAUUAGAAGGCCUUCUUAGGUCUUCUAUAAGUGGAAGACUAAUUCUAAUUUGUUCUUUUUUGCAAAAAAAAAAAAAAAAAAAAAAAAACGUAAAAAAGCAGCGAAGUUUGGCCGGGCCGAACUUUAAAUACCCUCCACCAUUUGGAAAGAACUUGAAAAUUUUCAAAAAAAAUUCGGAAAGUACCACUUAAAUGAACACCGUUAUAUACGGACUAUACGAAGACGUGGACCUGCAUAUGCAAUUUUUUGUCAUAGACCAUUACGAACUUCAAAUACGAAAUUAAAAUCAUGAAAGUACCGUAUAUCGGGAGGUACCGUCAUAUGGGGGCUAUACGAAGACGUGUACCUCCAUGGUCCAUUUACAAACUUAAUCUGCCUUCUGGUAAACUAUGCAUGUAUGCAAAAUUUAAGCCUUCUAUCUCAAUUCGUUCGAAAGAUAGCGUGAUUACAGACAGACAGACGGACAGACAGACGUUAAUUCGUCUUAGAAUUUUACGCUGAUCCCUCCAUAGAAUGGUGGAGGAUACAAAACCUUUUUGAAAAUCCUAGAUAGAAAGAAAACAUUUCAGUUAUUCUAAAAGGAAGACUAUAAAGAGAAAGAAAAUUCAGGACUUCUUUUUAGGCCUCUAAUGUAUACUUGACCUUUUCAAAGAAAAAUAAUCCUCGAGAGAAGACCUUUCAGUUCUUCUAUGGAUGGAAGACCUUUUAAAUGCCUUCUGAAGCAAUGCCCUUUUGAGGUAUAGAAGAUCCAUAUUAGGUCUCCUAUGUACAGAAGGACUGUAGGAAGCUCCUAAAAAUUGCCUUUCUUAUUUAUGGAUCGCUUAUAAAGGGUCUUUAUAUACAAAAGACUUUUGAUAGUCCAUCAAUCUCACUUGGAGAUUCGUUUGGAUAUAGAAAACCUGGGGCCAAAUUCUCCCGCUUGGUUUUGAACACUCUUCAAUCGAAAUGAAUUUGUGUAUCAAGCACAUGAAUAAAUUCAUUUCGAUUGAAAAGACAAUUUUACAAUUUUUUACAGAAAAUGUAUUAACAACAGUUCGGUUAAGUUAAGUUAACGAUCUUCUUAAAUGGUGCCUGUCUUUAAAAGAUACCUCAAAAAUAUUCUUUCUAUCUAUUGAAGACUCGAAAAAUUGUCUAUGUGUAGAUGACUUCUUGAAGGACUUUCUUUCUAGAAAGCCUUUACAAAUUAAAGACAAAUAUGGAAGGUGAAGAAUUGCGAGAGGUACUUUGUUUAUGUAAGAUCUGUAAAGAAUCCCUGUCCAUGGAAGAAUCUAAAAGAUUUUCUGAUUAUUAAAGUUAUUUUAAUGUUUGGAUAAUAGUAAAGAAAUGUAAAAGGUGUCAACAUUUCUAAAAUGAAAUCAGCUUUAUGGUCCAGUAUUAAACCAGCUGAUGGCGAUGAAUGAGAGGCCCAUAACAAUCUUCUUGGCUCGUUAUCGAUAUCCUUAAAAAAGAAUCUUAGAAAAGUACAGUUGGUGUGGUGUUUCCUAUCACUUUUCCGACCCUAGUGUUAUUUGUUUCAUAUUCUAAAAAAACCCUUCUCUAAUCCUGGUGAUGGUUUUGUAUAUUAUUUAUAGGAUUAUAGUAAGUAGUUAAACAAAAACUUUGUGAUGGUGUGGAUUUUUUGUAAACAAAAAAUUGAAAACGUAACAAAAAAAAAAAAAUUGGAACCAAAGUGGUGAAAUGAUUUGCUAUGAAAUGUAAUUGUUGUUUUUUAAAUUAAUAAUGAAUUGUUUUUUUAUUUUUUAA